AUGGCGUUUAAUUCUCCUAGCCUCGCGAAUCCUCCUUUUCCUUUUCGUCCUCCUCAUCCGACCAAACUCUCCUAUGACGACUCGUCGCGUGCCUCUAUCCGUCCGGUACCGGCUUAUGAACUCGACCCUCUUCUCCGAACUCUCUCCCCUGAAGCCACUCUGCAAGCCCUCUCCUCUACCGAUGCCGUUCCUAACAAUGAGAAGGCCGCUCAUGAUAUUCUCUCGCGGAGUAUUUCGCAAGUCUCUCAGGCAGAUCGCGCGCUGGGGAUUCGCGCAGCGGUCGCCGCAAAGAACCUAACCCUGUGGUAUAUGGAAGUCCAGUCGUGGGAAUGGCCAAAACGAGCCGAUGCACAUCAGGGUAAAGCGUUCAUUCCUCCCUCACCGUCGAAUGCCGCAGAUUCAGGUGUAGAAUAUCUCGGAAGUCUUCCAUCUGCCGUCGUCGAACAGCAUGGAGCCCGUAUCGAGGAGAUUCGCGACGGGAUGGAUAACCUGAGAGUGGAGGAGUUGAAGGAACAUGUCCUCAAUGCCCACAUUCCAUCGCGGUCUCGGCCUUCGUCAUCCAAUAGCGCCAUGUCCAUCCCACCUCCCCUCAGUUAUGUACAGCUCAGCGACUUCACCGCCGUUAUCACCGCCACCAUCCUACGCGCCCUGCCCACCCUGUCGCGUCUCAACACCUUGCUCUCUACCUGGGAUGUCCGACUGUUAGUUCUCCGCCAGAUUCCUGGUCUUAUUCUCAGCUUGCGCCUCGCCCGGGAAGCAUUAGACGACGCAUUUCGCGCUCUCAAGUCGCACGAUCCGCCCAGCGAACAUGACGCCCUGUAUUCCCGAUCGAAUUUCCAUGCAAAACAAGCGGAGCUGGGCGCGGCCGUGGCUGCAGCGGGUCGGAGAAUGGACAACGUUCUAGACGCCCUUGAAGGACGCGAAGAUUCAUUGCCCGAAAGCUGGAUUGAUGAUCUCGAGACUAUCGAGUCCGAAUUCAGCACCUGGGUUGUGGAAGCUGAGAAGCGCUCAGCCGAAAAUGAAUGGUCGCGCGCCAAUGCAGACAACCUCUGUCAACGAUCCGACGAUACACCCCGUGUUUCAGAACCGGUCGUCAAUACAUCCGAUUCGGCGAGGCGCAACGCACGUUCCUUCCCCAUGGAGACGAUCGCUGAAGAAGAAACCACCUCCGCGGCGCCGUCUGUCAACGAAGCCCUAGAUAAGCCGGAGCCUGUCCAGUCGCAAGCGGAUCCCACACCUAUCCCAGAAAUUACAGAGCAACUUGCAACCCCGGUUGAACGUGACGCGACGCCUGUUCCUGAACCGGUUCGCGAGGAUCCUACUCAGAAUGGAUCGCCCGCUCCUGAUGCACAAGAUACCAUAGCCCGAUCUCCUGAGGAUGUGCAGCCAGAUCGACCGCGAACGCCGAUUGAUACUCCACAGCUUUCUCCGAAAUCGUCUCCCAUCCGUGACGGACAAUUUGAUAAAUCAAUCCCUCCGUUCUCCCUCGAAGCACAUCUACCUCGCGAACCCGAGCAGCCAUCUAUUCCAGACUCGCAAGCGAAUGUUGUUAGCGAUACAGCACAAGAGUCUACACCAGACAAUCGGAAUCAUGCUGGAGAGCUUGUUUCAGUCGCGGACCAGAUCGAACCUCCCAAGCAUUCUGAGCCUGGCAAAACUGUUCCCGCAUCACGCCCUGUCGCUGUCGAAGAAAAACCUGCGGCUACUUCAAGUUUGGUGGCUGCUGGCCCGGCCUCUACCCAGGAACAACCUUCUGCCGUCACGAAACAUUCGCUGGAACCCUCACCAUGCUCGCUGCCCGAAAUGACGAAGGAAGCCACACUUCAGCCAAACGCCUCCGAAGAAGACGGUUCUCCGCCUCUUAAGCAACCUCUGGAAAGCCCGAUAAAACUUGGCCGGCAAGCAGGUGACAAGAACGGCAAGACUCGCCAGCGUGUCACAUCGGACGCUUCCAUGGGUUCUCUCUCCUCUUUCCCGUCUCUCAUGUCAAGCCCAGAUUUCCAGGAACCGCAUGCUGAGUCGUCGAAUGCAACCCCUCUAUUUUUCGAUACUCCACCGCACUUCCAGGACAUCUUCGGCAGGCCUGGCGCUGCGCCUUCUAGCAAUGAUCAUACCCUGCGUGAAGACAGUUUACGUCGCUUCGACCAGAAAGUUUCGCCACGACCGCAGCAUAACCGCGCAGUCAGUCUGCCGCUUCAGCGUUUCAUCAACGAACGAAUAGAUAUGAACUACGAGAACGGCGCCGGCAUGGAGGACAGCCCUAGCAUGGGUAGAAGACCAUCUGUUGCCUCUCAUCCGGAGCAGCAGGAGCCCACGAACCGGGACGGUGCGUCAACGCCUACCGCUCGUUUCCGACAACUCGCAUACCGGUCGGAGAUCCCUCGUGAUACGAAGACGAGGCCUACGCCUUCCCGCUCAAAGACUGAUGGCCCAGUCUCUGGGCCUCGGAAUUCUCCUAGGAAGGUUCCCCUGAAGACCUCUGCCCAACGAUCGCUGAACGCGCAGCCUUCCGCCCGUUUUGCUACUGCUCGUCUUAGCAGGGAGCUCAACACCAAUGGGAGCCGUGAAAGCCUCGCAACCCGUGGGCGACCUGGGUCGAGACCCCAGUCCAGAGCACAGACUCCGGCAGAUCUGGCUCCUCGAAAGACCAAUUCUGGGUCAUCCACUCCGUUGUCGAAAAAGAAAGACUAUCUUGACGAGAAGAUCAGCACCAUCUUGGAUACCCUUCCCGCUCGCAUUCAGCUGUUAUCUGAAGCGCAGGAUGACGAUGAUACAUUCUCUGUGACUUCUGCGGCGCCCGUGCCAAUGAGGGGCAGAUACCGGUCGUCGUCAUCGGCAUCGCUCUAUGGCGCGCCUGCUCCAUCUUUGACACUUACUCCUGCGCAUACCCGUCGGAGACAGUCCUUUGCACGGGGACCGGAGGAAAGUUCUGUCAAGCUUUACCAUUUGCACAAGAAUGGAAAGUCGAAGCCCACGAAACUCUUUGUCCGCUCCGUGGGCGAAAGUGGUGAGCGCGUGAUGGUACGAGUCGGAGGUGGAUGGGCAGAUCUCGGUGAAUACCUGAGAGAAUAUGCCAUCCAUCAUGGACGACGACAUGUUACCGACACUCCUCGUGUUGAAGUUCAGGGCCUCACGUCUCAUGAAUCAACCCCAGGAAGUACCAUGCUCACGCCAGCUCCGAGCAACGGCCGGAGAACGCCUUCGCGCCCUCGUUCCGUCAUUAGCAACCGACCCUCCUCGUCGCUCGCUGUCCGUAAAACCCGGCGGGCGUCCAACGUGUCCGAUGCGACGGAUUUCCGAGCUGCCAGCUUUGGUGAGCCCACGAAUCCCUCUCACUCACCAAUCUCUACUCGACGACACUCCGUGUCUUCGAACAAUUCAGUCGGCACGAUCUCCUUUGCCAGUGAGGCCCACUACGGCUCAUCCGCCCACUCACCCGCAACCACCAUCGCCGCUGGCAGCUCCCGCUCAACCCCUCUGGGUCUUGCUGGACCCAAGCCACGAUCUCGUCAGAAAUCAAUGAGCCCCGAGAGCGAAGCCUGGGUUGAAGACGUCUUGGGCCAGGCUCGCCGAAGCUCUUUGAGGCCUAAGGGCUUGCCCUCUGCAGACAGGGAGACGACACCUGAUGUCCCGCCAGUCCCGGCUUUGCCAAAGGUUCGCAGUGUCAGCGACAUGGGCUCUGCUGGUAAUAGCAGACGAGUCAUGCUCCGGGGACUUGGUAGUCGUCGGAAUUCUAGGCAGGGAUAA